AGUCUCAGGAUAACAAUAGUAUAUAUGGUGUAGACAGUGCACAUUGCCACAAGCUGCCUCUCAUUUUGUUACCCACCGAUCCCAACACCAGCCACAGAUACACAAACACACGAAGCUUACAGGUCACCCGUAUAUACAACGAUGUCCUCCACCGGAGUUCUAGUUGGCAUGUGUGCUGUGCUCGCCUGCUUGGCCGCUGUUCCGCGAGCGCUGGCCACGGCCGUCCAUGGAGACGCUAGCAGCAACGGCAUCCUGCAUAUCCCUUCCAAUGGCUCCUUGAUUAGCUGCCCCACCCACUGCGGGGAUGUCGAAAUCUCCUAUCCCUUCGGGAUAGGCUCUGGUUGCUUCCGGCAAGGCUUCGAGCUCACCUGCAACCAGACAGCUCGUCCUCCUAUGCUCUUCUUGAGAAACAGUACCACUCAGAUCACUUCUAUAGACGUCGGCAGCAAUAUGGCUUUUGCUUCUGCUAUUGGUUUUAACGUCACCAUGGGGCAAGGUGGGGACACGUACAGCAAGUCCUGGGGUACCCCUGAUGGUGGCGCUGUUAUCAGUGGAAAUUACAACGGUGGUUUGUAUGUCGUUGGAUGCGAUCUCGAAGUCUACAUGUUCGGUAAUAACUGGACUGACCUCAUUGGUUCUUGCAUGAGCAUAUGCGCAGAUGACCGGACCAUGGAGGAGAGGGCAAAUGUUUUCGGCUCCUGUCGUGAUGGGAUUGGCUGCUGCAACAUCUAUUUGACGAGGGACCUGCCAGCCUUUAUGAUUAAUAUCGUCCGCCGCAACGGUACAAGAGCGCAACUAAAUGAUGUCAAGGUUUUACUACCACAGUAUUAUAGCUUCGUUUUGGGUGAUCUUUACUCGAGUUGGGUAAACAUGAGCAAUGUUGAAGAUACAAUAAUUCAGAUCGCCAUCACGGACCAACCAAAUUGUGAACGUGCCCGAGUGAAUAAGGAUAGUUAUGCUUGUAAUGAUGAAAGCAACUGCCAAGAUCUACGACGAGGCUACAGUUGCUCAUGCCUCAAUUACGGGCAAGGCAACCCCUACAUCGUAAAUGGCUGCAAAGCUUACGAUUCAACGCCCAAAGAGAACUGUACAAGAUCAUGUGGGAACAUUAGUAUUCCGUUCCCAUUUGGGAUUGAAGAAGGCUGUUAUGCAAAUGAUAACUUUCGACUCAACUGCACAAGUGAUGGCACCGUUCUUGACCGUCGGUACGCACAAUAUCGUGUGACUCGUAUAUCACUUGAUGAUGGGUCUCUGGCUGUUAGCAACAUGCUGAAUGACACAAGCUACAAUAACAUGGAAAGGAUAGUCAAUUCCAACUAUGAUGGUACUAACGGAUUUCGGUACUCUUAUUAUAUGCCGUCGGUUGUGGAUGGUAUUUAUGAUUUCUCACAGGAAGAUGAAAUAGUAAUAAAGUGGGUUGUUGCAAACUUGACUUGUCAACAAGCUAAGCAAAGUAAAGAAAUGUACUAUGCGUGUAUCAGUGACAACAGUAACUGCCAAGAUGUCAGGCGAGGGAAAACAAAUUAUGGGUAUCUCUGCAAGUGUAAUGAUGGCUUCCAUGGAAAUCCAUACCUGCAAAACAGUUGUGCAGCCUGCUCCCAUGGAAAGGUGUAUGAUUCCACAAAACAGAAAUGUGUCAUGUCAACUAAGGAGCAUAAUAUAAUUCUUGGUAUUGCAAUUGGGGUUGCUUGUGGCCUUGGCUCCAUAACUGUUGCAUUAGGUGCAAUCGUACUCACCCGGGAGUGGAAGAAAGGCAUCCAAAGGAGAAUUCGAAGAGCAUACUUCAAGAAAAAUCAAGGUUUACUCUUGGAGCAGCUGAUCUCAAAUGAAAGCACUACAAACAAAACAAAGAUAUUCUCCUUGGAGGAAAUAGAGGAGGCGACCAACAACUUUGAUGCUACUCGUGUUCUUGGUUGUGGAGGACAUGGCACAGUAUAUAAAGGAAUUCUAUCGGACCAGCGUGUUGUGGCUAUAAAAAAAUCUAAAGUAGUGGAGCAAAUGGAGAUAGACCAGUUUAUCAAUGAGGUUGCUAUUUUGUCUCAAAUCAUACACCGCAAUGUGGUGAAACUUUUUGGUUGUUGCCUAGAGGACGAGGUGCCAUUGCUAGUCUAUGAAUUCAUAUCAAAUGGCACACUAUAUGACCUUCUUCACACAGAUAUUACAACAAAAUGCUUGUUAUCAUGGAUUGAUCGUAUAAGGAUCGCAAUGGAAGCAGCAGGGGCACUUGCUUAUCUACACUCAGCUGCUGCAAUACCAAUUUUUCAUAGAGACGUCAAGUCUUCCAAUAUACUCUUGGAUGAAAAUUUCACCGCAAAGGUUUCGGACUUUGGUGCUUCAAGAUCUCUUUCACUUGAAGAAACUCGUGUGGUGACAAUUGUACAAGGAACAUUCGGUUACUUGGAUCCAGAGUAUUAUCAUACCGGUGAACUAACUGAGAAGAGUGAUGUAUAUAGUUUCGGAGUGAUACUUGUGGAACUUUUGACAAGGAAAAAACCAAUUUUUAUCAACUCUUUAGGCGCGAAACAAAGCUUGUCUCAUUACUUCGUUGAAGGGCUUCGUGAAGGGGCUGUUAUGGAAAUAAUAGAUUCAUGUAUUGUGGAAGAGGCAGACCAAGAAGAGAUUAAUGAUAUUGCCUCACUUACAGAAGCAUGCUUAAGGGACAACGGAGGACAGAGACCAACUAUGAAAGAAGUAGAGAUGAGGUUGCAGUUCCUGAUAGCUAAAGCGCAGAGAAAAAUACAGAAUUUGGCUAAAAAUGAUGAAGAGAUUGAGCCUCUGUUAUGCCCCAAUGCUAGGAAUCUGCAUGCAUAUACCAAUCCUGGCAGUGCUGCUCACUUGGCAUCCCAAGGGGUCUCAGGGUACAGCCUGGAGCACGAAUUUUCUUCUUCAAUCUACUUGCCACGCUAAUUAUAUGUACGAAUAACAGCGUUCAAGGGCUCCUAGGAUGCAUGCAUGUUACCUUCAUAUUUCAAUGAACUAUGCAGCAUUUCCUUUUUAUUUAAGGAACACUUAUUACCCUUUUAGAUGAGAAAGUAUGUCAUAUAGUUGCACCAAAUAUGUACCUGUACAAUAUAUUGUAUUUCCUUUGGAAUGAAUGUGUGUACUAGGCACAACCUGCCAAACGGUCACCUGGUUAAUGGAUAGUGUAUGUUAUAGCUUGA